AUGCUGGUCGUACCUCUCGAGGCGGGCGGUUGGCGGUAUGAUCUAGCAGCCUCGCACGUGUUGUGCUGUGAGGCACUCGAGCCCCCGCUUUCCGUGCCGACGUUGUUCUACAAGGACCUGGCCGAGCCUUUGCCGCUCCAGGACAAUGCUGUGGACCAACCAGUGAAGGAGUCUACAUUAUCGGAUGGAGCAGCCGCCCACGAGAAGCAGCCGGAUAGAGCAAAGCAGGAUCAGCGACCUUUGGCGAUCGUGCAGCCAGCCGAUGUGGAGAAGGCCCUUGCCUCGAGUUUCCUGCUCAGCUACCAGAAAUGCAUGAGCAACAAAAGAAAGAAAACGACGAGCGCCUUUGUCAAAGAGUCAGCGGUUCAAGAUGCACUUUGUACGUUGGGACACACCAAAGAGGUCGAGGCAAUGCUGCGACGGUUCUGCGUGAACCCGGAGGCAUUGCCAAGGGGCAGGGUGCUCCCCAACGGGGUGGCGGAAUCGUUCUGCUCGCACCGCACCGCUGAGCACCUGAAGGAGGCCGCCUCCCGGUGCUUGAGUUUGCUCCGGGUCCAGGGACAUGCUGACUCGCGGCCUUUCCUUGUGAUGGAUGAAACAGUUUGGUCGCGAAAUUACGUUCAAGUGACCGGUUUGCGAGGAGGCGGUCCAGUCAUUGUGGGAGGAUGCUGGAACGAGCAGGCUGAGUUGGACUUCUCUUGCAUCCCGGCGACUGAGGAGGUCAGCAUCCAGACCCUGCCGAAAGAACAUCUUGCCGCCUUGACACAGCACUUCGUCAUCAAGCGGCCUGACAACGGGAGGUACAUCCUGGACUUGCUCUGCGUGCCGGGCGCCCACACCGGCUCCUCGCGAGAACUCCUACGACUCAGUGGGCAGGUGCUGGAGGCAGUGGUGCAGGCCAAUCAGCUUGUGCCGGCAUUGGGCCUGGCGUUUGACUGCGGGACAAAGAACUCGGAUGCCAGCAAGGCUCUCUGUGGCUUGUUGAAGCCAGAGGAGUUGCAAGGACUCCCAUUUUGGGAGACGUGUGUGCUGCGAAAGCAUGAUCAGAUCGGCUUCUGGCCGUUCGGGGAGUUGGUGUGGAGCCAACCAAGCACGGGCAAGGAGUUCCGCAUGUACGGCAGCAAUGGUGGAUGGCACGUCCAAAAAAGGUACAGUUUGGCACACUGCUCGGGAUGCCGGAUGGUGGUGCACGGCGAUCUAUGGAUGUCCCUGUCGCCAAUGGCACGGUGCGACCUGGGCAGCAAAGCUUUCUCCUGCAGCGACGUCCAGUCUGACAUGCAGGCCUCGUGCCGACUGUCGCCUAGUUUCGCCCCCAGAAGCUUUGAUGGUCUAGGCCUUCAUGUACACCAACUGUUGGGCGGACUUCUGGCCUCGGUGACAACGGCCAGCAGAGGCUUCUCGAAGCAUGAACUGGCCGCCAACAGCUUCUCCCUGUACUUCAUGACCAUGCUUCAUGUCUGCCGCAACUACGGCCGAUUUCGAGACGAUGCUCGGCAGCACACCUUGAGUCUCACGACGGCGAGAAACAUCGCCUACCUCGCUGGCCACUGUGUGGCGAUGUGUCAGUCGCAGCACGAACACCGCCAGCUCCAGGAGUUGGCGGUGGAACAGCACUUCUCGCGCAUCAAAGGCUGCUACAGGGGCACACCCGCAAUCAAGGAUUGUGUGACAGGCAUCGCUGUGGAUGCGAUGAAACAGCUCCGAGAGCUCAACAAGCUUCCCUCCGACCACAACUUCGACGACCAGGCCCCCGACCAGGACCGGGCUGGACUGCCGAUGUCUGAGCUCGUGGGCAUUGCAAAGCAGGCCCUUGCUGCCUCUUGCCAGCUGUAUGCCUGGAUCUCCAUCGACUGCACCGUGGACGACAUCUACAGAACCAAGAUGCUGCUGGCGCCGGAUGACCCAUCGGAGCUCGGAGAUGAAGAGGACGCUUUGGAGGUCUUGGCUGAGGAGGGCCUGGCAGAGAUCAGGGACUUAGCCGUGCUGCAGGGUGUGGACGCCUCCGUCCUCGAGCAGCCUCUUGAUCUCUUGCAUCUCGUGCAGGACCGAGCGGCCCAAGCUGAGCAGCUCGAGGUGCUGCUAGACGAGGCCGAGGGUGGCGAGCCAUUGCAGCAGGUGUCCGAGCUGGAGGAUGUUGAGGUGGAGCCGGGGCUGUAUGCUCACUUGGUUCCCGAGGAGCCUGCAGCUGUGCGACAGCAGCCCAAGACUUUGACACAUAUCCUUCAGCAGACCGCUGCAAAGAAGGUGCCUGAGCUAGAUCUGGGUGAGGAUGAAGCCGCAGGCGCUUUGGCCUGUGUGAAGAGAGCAGCUGCGAUGCUGGGCCCGGUGAGACAGUUCUGCCGCUUCGUGCGACUUGAGGAAGGGAAGCUGUCUUGUGCGAUGCUGGAGAAAGACACUGUCGGCCUGUCCACGUGGAACAAGGUCGAACACGAGUUGGCUCUGGCUAGGAGAGUUGCCUCCCUGCAGCAGACCCGGCUUUCUCGAGCAGAGACGUGGGCAAGCAUCCAAAGGAACUUCGUGGGCCAGAUCGUGAAGAGCAGCGGCAGCGGCGAGGCAGCGGCCUUGAAGCCUGUCUCGGAGUUCAGGCCUCCCGUGGACGGCGAGAAGGAGGAGUGGCAGAUCGUCUUCGUUCGGGGCCAGAGUGUCAAGCAGACGGACAAGGUGGUCGUGGCGGCUGUGAUGACCAUCUUUCGAGGCAGUGUGUGCCAGAAGGGCAAGGCAAAGGGGCGAGUUCGGACAGGAAGGCCUAUGUGCUCCAGCAUGCCUUUCGCCUGCACGAGAAUGGUGCAUGCAGUGAUGAUGCGGAAAGUGGCUGAGCGCACCUGGGAUGCGACAGGUGCAGAUGUGCCCCUGGUGUUUGAUCCGACGGAUGUUGUGUUGGGUGAGCCGGCCGUUGAGACACAGUAUGCAUCCAAGCAUCGGCUCAGGGUGUGCUUGACAGCACAGGCGGACGAGGCAUUGGCCAAGCUUUCCAGCGACUCGUGCAAGCUGCCCCGCAUGCCGGCGGCAGUUCCGGCAGAGGAGUCCGAGCCAGCAGCACCCAAGGACUCGACGAUCACCUUCAACGAUCGAAGCUUUCCGAAAGCUGCUUUGCGGAAGAACAUGGAUCAGUUCAUGCGUUCUCUCGCGACGUCCUACAAGGAGGCCGGGGCUCCGUUCUUGGAUGAGAACGGGAAGGUGCAGCUGGCCGGCGGUGCGUUGGAAGAUUAUGCAGAGCUGAGCAAGCGGGCGCCGACCAUGCUCGAGAAGGAGUUUGCUGGGGCGAGGGGGUGGACUUUUUCGCAGAAAGUCCAUAGCUUCUUGAAGCAGAUGAUGCCGUCUGAGAACACCAGUGCAAGCGGAAAUGUCUCGACGAAGCGUGUGAAGAAGGACUUCUUGCGGAUGGUCGUCUCGGCAACGACGCCGAGCUUUGCGGUCAAGCACCUCAGCACAGACUGGAAGCAAGGUGACACGGGGAACACCCCGGACGACGCAGUACCUGCAACGGACGACACACAACCAGCCGCAGGCGAGGAGGAAGUGGAGCCGGCAGACCAGGAAGAUGACAACUGCGGGCACGGGAGCCAGCGAGUUCAGAACAAGGCCUGCAAAUACGAGUGGAAGCAGGCAAACCGGCAGCACCCACAAGCAAGACCAGCACCGCAGGGCCAACAAGGGGACAUGAGCCCGCCCCUAACCAUGACAUACGAAGCAGAAGAACAGUCAGCGGCAGCCGGCAACAACCAACAACUACCAGUCGAACCACCAGCGCGUGAGCGAUCCUUGGAACGGGUGGAACGGCACCUUACCGAAAUCCGCAGACUCGCUGAGCAGUACCACACGACAGACGCAGCAGCAAACAUCAUGUACAACGCUAACCAAGCACUAGUCCACCUUCUGGUUGACACACCAACUGCAGAAGCCCUGGAAAGCUCUGACCUUCCGUUAGGGGGAACUGGCGGGGAACAGCGGCCGCCUACCAAUGCACCCGCGAGCUCUCACAGCAGGGGGAGCGCUGAUGUAGCAACGCUAUGCCGACAGCAAGCAUACACAGCUGCAGCAGCACUCAUCAUCAUCGCACGACAGCAACUAGCCGAUGAGGGGAGAUGUGUCACAUAUGGAAUGCUCGAACCACACAUAGCGGCCCUCAUGUCAUGGAUGCAGACGCUGCCCAUGGACGACAUCUCCAUGAACAUCCAGCUACCGCCGAUCCUCACACCGCUGCGGGGGAUCCUGGAACAUGUGCUUGAUGGCACGGCGGGAGCAGCAGACUGGGCCACCCUGGUUGCGGCAGUCCCGCAUGGCGACAGUCCCUUCUGCUCCUACGUCACCUCUGCGAAUCCGUCGACCAAUGGCCGGGGGAAUGUCUCCUUCAACUACAAGAAGCUGCAACGCGGUUGGUGCGACAAAUCUCCGCCCGCAUCCCGGAGAACGAGCAAGGCCUUCCCGCUGGGGGGAAUGCGUGGUGGGAGAGUGACCGCCACCAUGGCUUGGGGGACAACCCGUACUAUGGCCUCGUUAUGGACCCACCGAGUCCUCGUGAACGUCACCCGAGACGACUCGGGGGAGCUGGAUGACAAUAUGUCGAACGACAGCCACCGACGUCGACGACUCCUUGCUAUACAUGCCAAGGAGCACUUCUGA